AGGACUGGACAGUGUUGCAUUCUGUUGUUCUUGGAGCUGAUAGGACUCAGCUUGCUACACCUGAAAAUAAAGUGCACAUGAUUAAGCUCUGAACUCCUAGUAUAAAGGUUGGAAGUUUGAACUUAGCCAGAAGUUCCUCAGAUGGCAGACCUUGUAAUUUAUUUUUGAAAUAAUUGUCUUGUAGAUGAAAUUCAGAGCACUGGGUAGAAACAAGGAUGGUGAGGCAAUCUUAUUGACUGCCAGAAGAACAAACAGAUCUGUCUUGGAAGGAGUACAGCCAGCAUUCUUCUUAGAGGGCAGUCUGGGAAACCCUAUGGAUCAGUUCUGCUCUGCAUACACAUGAUCACCAUGAACUGGAGUUAACAGCUAACAACAGCAACAAGAUGGCAAAUUUCAGGGCAUAUACUGCACUGACUGGGACAUUAUGUUGGCUGGUCCUUCCGUCCAGGGAGAGGAGAACUGGGAGAAGAUUAUGGUUUCAAAGAACAGAGAAGAUACAGACAUCAUGAAGAAAAUGGCAAAAGGCUUGGGCUCUGUGGAUGGCGAUAGACCCCAAGGGAAGAAGAGGAAGCCCCAAAUACGGAAACCAGUUACAUUCGAAGAUGUCACUGUGGUCUUCACGGAGGCAGAAUGGGAGACACUGAGCUCAGAGCAGAAGAACCUGUACAGAGACGUGAUGCUGGAGAGUUACAGGAAUCUGCUCUCCUUGGGUGAGGAACCAAAGUCAGAAAUCUACUCGUGUUCCUCCUGCCUCUUGGCUCUCUCCUGUCAGCAGUUCCUCAACCAGCAUGUGCUUCAGGUCUUCCCUGGCCUGUGUGCAGAGAAUCACUUCCAUCCAGGAGAUUCCAGCCCAGGGCACCAGCAGCAGCCAGAGCAUCAGGAUUCUGAUGAGAGCUGCAGGAGUGAAAACACUCAAGGUCGGGACCAAGAAGACAUCUCCAAACCCUGGUGUGGAAGCACAGGGGAGAGAGAGACCUCAAGAGCAUUCUGCAGCCCAGCCGGGAGACAGCCAGCAAGCCCAAGAGAAGGCAACACAGUGGUAGGAAUGGAGGCCAACUCAGUCCACACAGCAGAAAACGAUGUGGAAACAGAUAAACAGUUGAAGGAAUUAGAAACCUCAAUCUUUGAAACAGUUAGCUAUAGAGCGGAGGGACCAGACUAUUUCCUGAAAUCAAACUUCCCCACAAACCAGAGAGCCCUUUUCUGGGUUAAGCCACAUGUGUGCAGUGAGUGUGGGCGAGGCUUUAUCCAUAAGUCCUCUCUCCUCAUACAUCAGAGGACACACUUAGAGGAGAAGCCACAUGUGUGCAGUGAGUGUGGACGGGGCUUUAUCCAGAAGUCAUCUCUAAUUAUACAUCAGAGGACACACUCAGGGGAGAAGCCACAUGUGUGCACUGAAUGUGGGAGAGGCUUCGCCCAGAGACCGCAUCUUCUUAGGCAUCAGAGGUCACACACAGGAGAGAAACCUUAUGUGUGUCUCCAGUGUGGGCGAGGUUUUAGCCGCAAGUCAAAUCUCAUCAGACACCAGAGGGGCCACACAGGAGAGAAACCUUAUGUGUGUCUGGAGUGUGGGCGAGGCUUUAGCCACAAGUCAAAUCUCAUCCGACACCAGGGGGGGCACUCCGGGGAGAAGCCACAUGUGUGCAAGGUAUGUGCACGAGACUUUAUGCCAAAAUCAAGUCUUCUUAUAGACCAGAGGGAACGCUCAAGGGAGAAACCACAUGUGUGUGAGGAGUGUGGACGGGGUUUUAACUACAAGUCAACUCUCAUCUUACACCAGAGGAAACACUCAGGAGAGAAACCUUACCUGUGUCUGGGAUGUGGCCGAAGAUUUAGCCACAAGUCAAAUCUUAUCAGACAUCAGAGGACACACUCAGAGGAGAAGACAGAUGUGUAUAAGGAGAGUGCACCAGACUUUAUGCCAGAAUCAAGUCUCCUUAUAGAGCAGAGGGUGCACUCAAAGGAGAAGCCACAUGUGUGUGAGGAGUGUGGACGGGGUUAUAACUUCAGGUCUGCACUCAUCAUACACCAGAGGAAGCACUCGGGGGAGAAGCCUUACCUGUGUCUGGAAUGUGGGCAAAGCUUUAGCCAGAAGUCAAAUCUCAUCAGACACCAGAGGACACACUCAGAGAAGCUAGAUGUCUGCAAGGAAUGUGCACGAGACUUUAUACCGAAAUCCAGCUUCCUUAUAGAGCAAAGGAAACCCACAAGGGAGAAGAAGCCAUACAUUUGUAAGGAGUGUGGACAAGGUUUUAGGAGCAAGUCAAAUCUCAUCAUACACCAGAGGAAACACUCAGGAGAGAAACCUUUCUUGUGUCUGGAAUGUGGACGAGCCUUUAGCCACAAGUCAAAUCUCAACAGACAUCAGAGGACACACUCGGGAGAGAAGCCAGAUGUGUACAAGGAGUGUGCUCAAAACUUUAUUCUGGAAUCAAGUCUCCUUAUAGAGCAAAGGAAACACAUAAGGGAGAAGCCACAUGUGUGUAAGGAGUGUGGACAAGGUUUUAGCUACAAGUCAGUUCUCAUCUUACACCAGAGGAAACACUCGGGGGAGAAACCUUAUGUGUGUCUGGAAUGUCGGCGAGGCUUUAGCCAUAAGUCAAAUCUCAUCAGACACCAGUGGACACACUCAGUGGAGAAGCCCUAUGUGUGCAAGGAGUGUGGACGAGGAUUUAUCUCUAAGCAGAGGCUCAUUAGACAUCAGCACACUCAUUCCAGAGAAGUGUGUUUGCAGUGAAUGUGGCUGAGGUUUUAUAAUCACUUCUCACAAACCUGAAUACACAGAGUAGAAGCUGUGUGCAGGGAGAAUAUGCAAGAACACUAUACCUUAGAGAGCAUUUUCUUUUGAAGGGAGAAGCGUUAUGUGGGGAAUGUGAGGUGCUGUAACAAGGAGCUAUAACACUUCCUGCGCCAGAAGACACAGAUGGCUAAGAGCCAUGAGGUCAGGUCUGUGGUAGGAAUUUGCUUGCAGUGUUCUUUCUUAGCUGAUAUCUGAGGACAAAGUGCUACCACCACCAAUCACUACUUCACCCACCCGAGGGAGUUUUGGCAUAACACUGUAUGUGGUGAAGGUGUCAGUAGUAACCCACUAGACGAUUUUUCCACAUUAACCAAACAAAAUAGAAAAGUAGAAGCUUUAAAACUGUCAGUAAAGGAAAAGAAAGAAAACUAGAAGCUUUACUUGAGUCUUGUAAGAAUGAUUGACUUGUUUUAUUUUCAUAUGCUACUUCUUCAAAUGCUUGGUUGUCUUUUCACUGUAGUAAAAUUUUCCCUAAUAAACCACAACUCAGACUGUAUCAGUCAUGUGCUCUGAAAUGUACGGGACUUCAGAUUCUCAAGUUGAUAGAUGAAUUGAGCCCUUAGGAAAAGAUAAGUUCUCACUAGGUUCGUGAACAAGUCUGAGUCUUCUUAUGUACGAGAAGCGAUCUAGAGUUGGGA